UUAUUCUGAAGUGAAUCGUGCUGCGCAUGCGUGGUAGACCAGAAAGUGAACACAGGGAGCACCUCUCUGUCCUGGCUUCUCCUUCCAGAACUGAGAUAUUUGUAGCUCAGGUAGCUUCAGCAUCAUCGGACCUGCAGGCCUAGUCCUGAUCCAUCCUGACCUGCAGUGCCGCUAUGACCUCCAGCGCCGCUCUGCUCACCUGGUCCAGAUUCGGGUUCUGUGCGUCCAGAACCACUUCCUCCUCAUGUAGAGUCCUGGUCCGACCCGCCUGCAGCCGCUCUUGGUCCGGCGGCGUUAAGGUGCGCUCCUACCUGCAGUACGUGAAGCGGAAGCUCCGGCCCCCUCCUAUCCCCCCCUACAGCCACGUGUGCCAGGUGGGCGACCCGGUCCUGCGCCGCCGGGCUGCCGCCGUGGACCCGGCAGCCGUAGAGGGCCCAGAGAUCCAGCGGGUUCUGGUAACCAUGGUGACGGUGAUGAGGAAGCUGCAGUGCGUGGGUCUGAGCGCGCCGCAGGUGGGCGUGCCGCUCCGCAUCCUGAUGCUGGAGUAUCCCUGGAACCUGUUCGAGGCGGUUCCGCCCGCGACCCGGCGGGCCCUCGGCCUCUCCAUCCAGCCGCUCCGGAUCUUCCUGAACCCAGAGCUCCGGGUUCUGGACAGCAGCACGGUUCUGUCUCAGGAGGCCUGCGAGAGCGUCUCAGGCUUCUCCGCCGCCGUGCCGCGGUUCCGGUCUGUGGAAGUGUCAGGCCUGAACGAGAAAGGUCAAGAGGUCACCUGGCAGGCGAGCGGCUGGCCGGCCCGGAUCCUGCAGCACGAGAUGGACCACCUGGACGGAGUUCUGUUCCUGGACCGCAUGGACUCCAGAACCUUCAUCAACAUCAACUGGCAGGAGCACAACGAGUAGCGCCAGCCGGCCCCAGGCAUAUGCAGCGCCGCAUGGCGCAGAGCUGGACCCUGGUUCUGGUGAACCAAACGGGUCAAAUAAAAUUUAUUUAUGGUGAAAUGA